CGUGGAGUUCCAUUUUAUGCAGACCCAAUAUAGUGAACUGCGGCCAGCUUCGGAAUGAAAAACCCUUGGCUGUUGUAUAGGGAGCUCCGAGAGUAACCGAUACUCACAGGUCAUAAGAUGAGAGUGAAAUUGAAAGUAGUCUUAGGUGGAGGUGACGGCAGAGAUAUUACGAGGCCAGCCAGAAUUAUCAAAACGUCAUGCGACUGGAAACCUAUAUACUGCCAGUGGAUAGACAUAAUCGCCUUGCAAUCUAGCAUCAUAUAUGCGCAUAUUCUGCUCGAGGGGGCCGAAUUUCAUGACAGAACGAUUCCAAGGAAACAACGAGGCAUCGUACUAUUCCCAUGGGUGUUCAUACUGUUAUACGCCACCUAUAUAUGGGCUGUCCUUGGAAUCCAAGGAUAUGAACUGCAGAGAACAUAUCUACCCUCCACCUUGACCUUGGCACCACCAUGUACAGCCCACAUCACCCCCGAUACGGCUGAAAUAACAGUCUACUCAGUGGGUACAAGCUGA